AUGGCUAACCCAACUAACCAGGCUACUGAAGAGCCGAUGUAAGUUUUUGAAAUUUCGAUGAAAAACUGGAAAUUAUUAUGAUUUUUUGUAGGACGGCAGGAGAGAAGAUUUCUCAUAAAAUGGAUCAAUUCAAAGAGUUUGUUUCCAGUGGAUGUUGUUCCUGCGCAAGAAAGUGUCCUUCAAUCGCUGUUGUUCUUGUUGGUGCUAUCAUCCUUCUUCUGAUUUUGGCUGCAAUUCCAACAGUUUUAAUCUUCACCUCUUCAACUUCGAAACUCUCUUCAGAUAGCAACGAACUUCCACAAAUCAUUAGACGUUCAAAAUUCUGGCCAAAAGUUGAUAAAAUCAAUAUGGACGGUGAUAUGGAUUUCCGUGGAAUUUCACUGCAAACUCUUUUCCCACCAAAUGUUUCAACUUGCUCAGGAUUCGGUUUUGCGUGCACCGAUGCUGUCUACAAUGUUAUUCCAACAUCAAAACGUUGUGAUGGGAGUUAUGAUUGUUCAGACAAAUCGGAUGAACAAAACUGCAAGACUUGUCAAACAAUCUUCCAGUGCCCUUCAAAACCAAUCGAGGAAGAUCAGAAGUUCAAGAAAUCGAGAAAGUUGAAACCACAACCGACUAUGAUUUGUUUGACAGCUUCUCAACUUUGCGACGGUGUUCAACAUUGUCCAGAUGGUUCGGAUGAAACAUCCUGGUGCAGUAAGUUGUUUUCUUAAAAUUAGAAUUUCAUGAUAAUACUCGGGAAUUUUUAGAAUCUCAAUGUUCUGCUGAAGAGUUCAAGUGUCCUGGACAAAACGUAUGUCUUCCAAAAAGCGCAAAAUGCAAUGGAAUUGCUGAUUGUAACGAUGGAAGUGACGAGAAAAACUGCAACAAAUGUGAAGCUGGAGCACAUGUGAGUUUUUUGUUUGAAAAUAUUGAGAAUAUUUUGAUUUUUGAGAAAUAUACUUUUUAAUCAUCUGGUCACAAAAAAUCGCCUAAACAAAUAAUUUUCAGAAAUGUGGGAAAAUGUGUGUGAAAGAAAGCGAGGUUUGCGACGGAGUUGCUCAAUGUGAAGACGGAAGUGAUGAGAAGGAAUGUGAUUGUAAAUCAUGUUCCGGAUCAGACAAAGCACUUUGCGACGACGGAACUUGCAUUCUUCGCACACAAGUUUGUGACGGAAAACGCGAUUGUUCCAACGGUAUGGAUGAGAUGGAUUGCCCUGGAUCAUGCUUUGUCAAAGGAUCAGCAAUGAAGAAGCGAAUCACUUGCAGCGACGGUAGAAAAUACACCGAAGAAGAAGCAUGUUCAGGCAAUUUUGAUGUUUGCUCAUCAAAUUGUCCAACAAAAUGCAAUUCGAAAUCUGCAUUCCAAUGUCCAACCGAUAAGAAAUGCAUUUCGCGUCUAAUGGUUUGCGAUGGAGUCGCUGAUUGUGAAGAUGCUGCUGAUGAGAAGAAUUGUAGUUGCAAUGAAAUUGAGGAGAAUCGACAAUUCAAAUGCGAUCGCAAAUGUAUCGAUAUUGCACAACGUUGUGAUGGUGCUUUCGAUUGUUUCGAUUCAUCCGAUGAGAAGAAUUGCGAAAAAUGUGCUGGCAAUGCAUUCAGAUGUGCCAAGGAUAAAUCUUGCCUUCCAUCAAGCACAAGAUGCGACGGAGUUGUUGAUUGUUCAGAUGGAAGUGAUGAGAAGAAUUGUUCAUGUGAAGGUAUGCAUUUUUUUUAAAUUUCAUUAGAAACCUGUUAAUCAAAAAUGAGCAAUAUGUUUGCAGAAUGCAUUGGUGCACAUUCCAACACAUAUAUGUGCGAUGGUUCAUCAAGAUGCUUGCUCCGCGACGAAGUUUGCUCUCCAUAUUCAAUGUGUCCAAAUGCAACACGCGCCGAUAAAGCUUAUUGUGCAACAAUGGUGCUCAGAACACAAAAUCGUUUGCCUUGGUAG